CUUCAAUCUCUUCUAACCUCUCUCUCUCUCUCUCUCUCACUUUUUGUGUCUAUAAAGUUCACACCCUCAUCCCUCACUGACCCCCAUGCUUCAAUCUCUUCUAACCUUCUCUCUCCCUCUCUCUCUCUAACCACAACCUUUUCAUUUACAGUCCAUAAUCCCAAAUCCUCUGUUUUCCCCUGUUUUCCUCUGUUUACAACAUUGCCAGGGGAUUGAUUCCAAACUAGCUUUCUUGAAUCGUCGAUCCUCUUUCUUGAAUCUUUGAUCCUCUCUCUCUCUCUCUCUCUCCAAUAUGUCAACGGUUGUUUUUCAAGGUCAUCAGUCUUGCUUUGAGCCACAGCUCCUAGAAACAAGGACUCUGAGGCUCAAACUGUCCACACCAAAACUAUCUUUUUUCGAAUCUAUCGAAUUGGCAUUGGACAAAGAAGCCUCAUAUGUCCAUCCGAUGACCAAGAAACUCUCCCCCUCUCUUAGCUACAAAAGCCUCGAAUUGUGCACCGAAAAUCUAGGCUGCGAAACGGGUACUAACAUGACCGAGACUCCCGAUUUUUCUCUCUCCUCCCCGGCUCUCGAGGAGGGAGAAAACCCGGUAAAGUCCCGCUUAGUGGAACCCAGGAGGGCAAAAAAUUCACAGAGUUCGAAUUUUCCACCUCCGUUAACCACGAUAAGCGGGUCGAGUUCGAUGCAAGUCAGGGCCCACCGGGAAGGCGGCCGGCUUGUGAUCAGAGCCGUUGAGGCCACGCCGGCACACAAUUAUUUUCAGGCCGAAAGAAGCAAUGGGCGGCUCAGAUUGAGCGUGUGGAAGGACUGUUCUGACCCUAGUGAAGCGAGUGAAGCAGAGGGAAUUGAGAAUGAAGCAAAUGGUGAGGAAAACGAAGAAGAGUGUGAAGUAGAGGGAAAUGAGGAAGGGGAUAUGAAUGGAAUUUGUUCGGAAGGUGGGGUUGAAAUGGGAAUGGGAAAGUUUCAUCAGAGGCCAAGCAGGUGCAAAGAAGGCGGGCAUGGGAAUGAGGGUUUCUGUAAUUGGGAGGCCUUUUGGGUGGCUACUUGAAAUUCUUCAACUUUUUAUUUUUCCUAAUUAUUUUCCCAGUUUUUAUUUUUAGCUCUCUGGUUAUUCAGGGUUUCCAGAGUUUGUCUUGGUUCUCCUUUUCACCUCUUUUUGUCCCCCAUUUUCUCAUUUUAAAUGUGUUCAUGGUUGGUAGUUAUUAUCGUUAUAUUUGGAACAA